CAGCAACAGUCAUGCUACAACCAGCUGCUGCCAAAUUAUUUUGAUGACGCACAUAUUGUAGUACAGUAGCGAAACUGGUGUCCGUAUGACGUAUUAAAAUAAGAUGGCUGACAUUCGUUCUAUCAGCUACCAACAGCAUAACACCCGUACUACCUUUCUAAUGAACUUCUUUCUUAUUUAACACGAUCAAGAAUUUUAAACCUUCAUUGGUGUUAUCCGAAAUUAUUGUAGAAAGAGGUCAAUGUAGUAUACGAUAUCUAACGAGCAUUAAGAGUAAUUAGGGAAGCGCAUAAAGUAAGGGCAUACAUCCCACGUAUUUUCAAAUACACACGUACAGGUGAUUGUUCAUAAGAAGUGCUAGUGUAAAGUGCAUAUUGAUUGUUAAAACAAUGGAAUACGUACUGAUCAAAGAUAUACGGCCGGGCCAAAAAAACAUUAAUGUAGUGUUUAUCGUUUUGGAAGUUGGCCAUCCUACAAUUACCAAAGAAAACCGCGAAGUUCGAACGUUCAAGGUAGCAGACAGUACAGCAUGUAUGAAUGUCUCAAUUUGGGAUGAACCUGGACAACUUUUGGUACCAGGUGAUAUUGUUAGAUUAACAAAAGGAUAUGCAUCUGUGUGGAGACAGUGUUUAACACUGUAUUCUGGAAAAAAUGGUGACAUACAAAAAAUUGGAGAAUUUUGCAUGGUGAUAAAUGAACAGUUAAACAUGAGCGAACCAAAUCCUGCUUUAGCACAACAAAUGAUAAAUCAGAGCGGUUCUGGUCCACCUGGUAGUAAUAUUAAUAAUAACAUUACAAAUAAUGGAAAUGCGAAUAACAUCUCUGGACAAUCUGGCAGACAACCAUUGGCAAUUCAAAGUAAUUCAACAACACCUACUAGUGGUACACCUGGUAGUUCUACAACAACAAAAAGUGGAAACAAUAAUAAUGGUAGUAGUGGUGGAAAUACUAGCAGUACUUCAGGACUUCCAGGAGGAUCUGCAAGAUAUUCUGGUGACUCAACAACAAAAACAACUGUUACAGCAAAAACUAAUUCUCGGGGUCGUGGGGGAUAUAGAAAUGGUGGACGUAGUGACCGUAGAUAACACACAAAUAAAAAACGGCUAAUUAUAUAUGUGUAAUAAAAAUAUGCAACUGAUUACAUUCAGGACAACUGUAA